UCAUAUCUGUGAAUGAAAGCCUCAGAAGCAGCCUCACGUCGUGUCCAUUAAAGAGCAGUCGUCGACGUUGUACGCAUUUCAGCAAGCAGGCAAAAUGCAGACCGUCCCUACUACCGUGACCGUUGAACUGGAAGUAGAAAGACGUUUUUGGAGUUAAAUGGAUGAACUUAAAGCCAAUAUUUGGUGAGUGGCGAUAAACAGCUUUAGGACACAAACGUGUGAGGCUGUCACGCGUGACAGAGGUGCAGCUCCGUGAAUCUAUUUCCGGGCGCUCACCGCCGCCGGCCGCUACCUCUCCGCCGCCCACCACACGCUCAUCCAGCAGAGGCCACUAAAAAAAACAACCACAUUGACCCACACACGAUGGCGUGUGCUAGCUGAAAGACGACACCAGGCCAACAGGGAGGACGGCCACGUUAGAUGCUACUAUGGCGGCGUCGCUGCUAUCCGAGACCGACAUCAGGCACCGGUCCAUGGCGGAGGAGGAUCCGAACGGAAAUGAGCACGGGGCGGCUGCACGAAGCGCGGCACCCCGCUGGGGACCGCAGCAUGCUGGAGCCCGGCAGCUGGCUCGGCUCUACUCUCCCGGUAAGCGUCUCCAGGAGUGGGUGUGUGUCAUUCUGUGCCUCGUCCUCGUCGUCAUCAACUUCACCUUGCUACUCCUGCACUUCUCCAUCGUGCAUGUCUACAAGAUCGUCCUCGGCAUCAUGCUGGGAAUAUUGACGGCAGACUUUGCAUCAGGGAUGGUACACUGGGGGGCCGACACCUGGGGAUCUGUAGACAUCCCUGUUAUUGGCAAGGCGUUUAUCCGUCCAUUCAGGGAGCACCACAUUGACCCAACCGCCAUCACCCGCCACGACUUCAUUGAAACCAAUGGAGACAACUGUAUGAUCCCCAUUUUACCACUGGCACUCAUGGCCUACAAGUACCUCACUUACACACCAGAGGCCUUGGCGGCGUCUUAUCCUUGGGACUGCUACGUCCUCGCCCUGGCGGUUUUCGUCAUGUUGACCAACCAGAUUCACAAGUGGAGCCACUCCUACUUCGGGCUCCCGCGCUGGGUCACGUUGCUGCAGGACUGGCAUGUGGUGUUGCCACGGAAACACCACCGCAUCCACCAUGUCUCACCACACGAGACUUACUACUGUAUCACUACAGGCUGGUGCAACUAUCCACUGGACCAGCUGGGCUUUUGGCGACGCACCGAGCGUCUGAUUGAGAGACUGACGGGUCAAAAGCCUCGCUCUGAUGACAUGGCCUGGGCCAAGAAGACCGACUGAUGGAUGGAUGGACAGACGGGCUUGCAGAUGUAAACAUAGCAGACAUGAAGAUGAUGUAUGGGGAGGAAAGCACAAACACACACACACAGACACACACAUAUACUGUACAUUCUACAUGUUUCAGUGCUUGUUGCUUUUAUUUGCUAGGGGAAAAAAACGUUCUCUUAUCUCUAUGUGUGCAGACUUCUGUCUAAGAAGGAUUUGUGCAAAAAAAAAAGAAAGUGUUGUAAACACCAACAUAGCUUACACUGGUAGCAGUCAAUCAGCAGCUCAGUUUAACCAAUCAGGUGUGGUAUUGUCAUCACGUCUUGGUUUAGGAGGCUUCUGGAGGUUGGGCUCUCCAGGAGUGAUACCAUGCUGCCUCACACACGCACACACAUGCACGCACACACGCAUACACACACUUACUUUUGAAUAAUUUCCCCUGUUGUGUCCAUACACAAGUAGAUAAAAAUUAUUCAUGUUAAGGUCAUCUGCUUUGCUGCUUCCUCAUAAAGUGGCCAGGGGGAUUCAUUUACUCAACUGCAGAAAGGACCGGGUAUCUAUUAGGGGUACGGCCAGCUUACUGUAGUAUGAGGCCUUUAUUGAGACAAACACAUUUUUGUAUUACUGUAAAUAGUGUAACUAAUUUGGAAGUAGCUUGUCGGCACAUAAUAAGGAACGCACACAACACAGCACACCCAAGUAGACUGGCAGUGCAACUGAGGAACAGGCGCCAUUUCCACGUCGAAUACUGCACAAACCACAUAACAUCCCAGUAGCCACUGGUAAGAGUCCACACUUCAGUACAUCAAGACGUCUGUUUAGGUGUCUCAGUAGGUGCUGCUCUUUUCAAAUGGGAUCAGCCUCUUUAAUGUCCUGCUCGAUGCGCUUAUUUGUUAGAAGUGGAUGACGCGCCGUGCGAUUAAUUUCAUUGCAGGGCCACUGUUUGAGGAAUAGGGUACAGUGGCACCUCAGUUUUCGGUAGUAGUUCCAAGGUCUGACAUAAACUGAAGUCUUUUUUCUCAUAGAAAGUUAUGUAAACCGAACUGACAAAAAAUACAUUUUAUAGAGAAUAAUUGCAGUUUUACAUGGAGAGAACAUUCAAAAUAAUUAUUUCUUUGGCCCCGUGGCGGGUUAUUUAGCAGCCAGACAUCAUAAAAAAUGCACGGACAGUGAGUCACAACGUGUAGGGUGCUUUGUUUGGGUACUUGGUGGAAUGAUACGGUACAGGGCCAACGGACUAGUUUGUUACACGCAAUAGUGUACGAUAGCCGAAACGGUGUAAAAAAAAAAAAAUGGGGCAAAAUUUCGGCAAAAAAUGUUGUCGAAAACUGGAGCAUUCCACUGUGUUUUGAUACCACAAUAAAUUGUGGAAAUGGGAAACCGAGUGUCUUUCCACAAAGCAUCAGGAAAUGGAAAUGGGUAUUAAUACACUGCGUGAGUGCUACUGUGUUCUUAAUGUAUUUUUAUCGCAAAACGUCCUUCUUUGCAUCUCAUUAGCUUGCAAAUGCAUGGACACAGGAACCGCAAGUCAGCUCUGUCGCCUGUCUAUGAUGUCAUCGGCGGUUGACGCUGCAGUUCUUUACUAAAGCGUAGGUCACAGCCGGUCCACGCACAAAAAAACUCAAACGCGCAGAGCAUGUGGCGUGCUGAUUUUUGAGCCGUCGAAUUGCCGCAAACCGGCCACAGAAGUUCUUUAUGUCAAACUCUACGGGCACUUACGUUUUUUUUCAGGUUGCAAGACAAACUUAACGCACUUCGUACGUGUUUGUGCGGCGUCUGUAUGGCCAACGGGUGUCGUUCGUACGAUUUGCUGGUGUCAGGUUUGGGCAAAAUGUCAAUUUUUUUGUACGUCACACUUGCAGACUCCUAUGUGUGUUGUGCGUCACACGUGCACCCCACAUGUGUCAUUUGUGCGUCCAACGCAUGUUGAGAUAUUUCAUAUGCAAAUCGUACGUCCAGUUGUGACCAACACCACUGGUCUCAAAAAUGUGAACACAAAACACAUUUUUAUAGUCUUACAAUUGUGAUUUUACGUGCAUAAAACAAUUCUAAAUGCAUAUAAAUGAUGAAUGAAAGGCAUAAAUGCACAUUGAAGGUUACCUUUACCCUCACUGAAGACGCGAUUGUUGACAAAGACACGAUGUGGCAGCGAGAUCAACACAUUCAUGUUUUUCCAUGCGUUAUUCCUUGAAUUCAGUGGUUUUUCUCACCUUCUUUGCAACUGGCAACUUUCUUUAGCUCCAUGUUUGUGUUAUUUUGAAAAAAUAAAAAUAAAAGCAAAGACUUGAGGUGAGAAACAGUGCUUAUCCCUUUCAUUCAUCAUUUAUUAUGUGUUUCUAUGUAUUUAGAAUUGUUUUCUGCAUUUUUUUUGUGUCGGACCUUCUGGAACAGACUAAUGAGGCUGUAAAUGGAAAUGCAUCGUACAGGAAUGUUGCGUCUGCUGCUACUUUGUACAUCUCGCGCGGAUGAGAACGUUGGCUGUUGCGCUACUGGGGAGUCUCGAUGCUUAGCUUUAUAUGAUGGAAUCCUUUAAUCAACGAUAACAGCGCUUUGUUUUACUGAUAAAUGUCUUCUACACACACGAUCACUUGGCACACUUGCGGUUUUCACUCCAGUAUACACCACACACACAAACUAUUGAGAGAAAAAAGAAGCUUUUGAAUGCUGUCUCACACACCCUACGUAUUGUGUUUGGCUGUUUUCUCGGGCUUUAGUUUUCUAUUUUCUUAUUAAUGAAUCAAGCCUUGUCCAGUUGAAUUCUGACUUUACAAUUUGCAGCUAAACGCGCGCUGCUUGUCUGCCUUAAUGUUUUUAUCUGCUCUUUAAUUUGAAUAAACACAAAACAAUCCCA